GGUCCAGUCUGUUCUGAACCUUGCAUUGGUGUAUUGCCUACUGUGUCACUCAGACUAGACCGUGAAGAAAUACGGAUCAAACUGAUGGCGAAUUCUAGCCUCUUUUGCAAAAUAUUAACGAGGACUGGUUUAAAAUUACCAUCAGUCCACUUACUAGUCAGAACACUUGCAAUAAGCCAAGCUUGUCAAAAACCUGUGGCUCCAGUAGCUGAGCCAGACACCAAGAGGACUGUCACACUAAUCCCAGGGGAUGGCGUUGGUCCUGAACUUAUGUUAUCUGUCAGGGAAGUGUUCAAAAGUGCAGAAGUGCCAGUAGACUUUGAGGAAUUAUUUGUCAGUGAGGUACAAGUAGGGAAGAGUGCCACUGUAGGUGAUGUCAUUGAUUCCUUUAAGCGGAACCAGGUUGCCCUCAAGGGAAUCAUUCACACACCCUGGGGAGGAGGUGGUGAGCUUCAGACACUCAACAUGAAAAUCAGACGAGAAUUGGACCUAUUUGCCAAUGUUGUUAGGUGUCGUACUCUGCCGGGCAUUAAGACAAGACACACUGGUCUGGAUUUUGUUGUAAUACGUGAACAGACAGAAGGAGAGUAUAGUGCAUUGGAACAUGAGAGUGUUCCUGGUGUUGUAGAAUGCCUGAAGAUUAUUACAAGAGCCAACUCAAUGCGGAUUGCAAAGUUUGCUUUUGAUUACGCCAGAAGAAAUGAUCGUCAGAAAGUUACUGCAGUACACAAGGCAAAUAUAAUGAAACUUGGGGAUGGUCUCUUUCUUGAAAGCUGUCGCCAGAUCUCAACUUUGUACCCUAAGAUCCAGUUCGAGUCUAUGAUUGUUGACAAUUGUUGCAUGCAGUUGGCUUCCAAUCCUCAUCAGUUUGAUGUGCUGGUCACCCCUAACCUCUAUGGCAACAUUGUUGAUAACUUAGCGGCUGGGCUGGUUGGUGGAGCAGGGGUGGUUCCUGGAGAAAGUUACUCCACGGAAUUUGCAAUAUUUGAGCCUGGUGCUAGACAUACCUUCUCACAAGCUGUGGGGCGUAACAUUGCUAAUCCUACAGCUAUGUUUCUCUGUGCUGCCAACAUGCUCAAACAUCUUCACAUGGAUUCGUAUGCCAAGCUCAUUCAAAGAGCAGUGGAGUCAGUUGUCAGUGCAGGCAAGGUACGCACACAAGACAUGGGUGGAUAUGCCACAACCAGUGAGUUUACAAGUGCAGUUGUAAAUAAUCUCAGGUAAACAAGCAUCAGUAGAUGGUUUCAUCAACUGCAGGAUAACAUAACAAAAUCAGUUUUGUCAAUAACAGUUGAUAAUACCCAUGACUAUCUUACUUGGCUCUUAAUCGUUUGAUAUCUCAAAGAGUUGUACUUAUGAUUAAUUUUCUGAAGGUUGCUGUGGAAGAUUUUUUGUAUGAAAUAUUCACAGUUUUGAACCUGUUACUAAAAUCAUACAUAAUUGAACUUGCACCCUACUCUUUAAUAUGAAAUUUUGUAGCACCCCAUAAAGAGUCAUUCAGAGAACAGCGUUUUCAUUGUUUGGAAUUAUCUUUAUGACUUUUAAAUUGAAAUGAAUUUUUGCUUUUUCUAUCAUUGUUCAUUUUGGUAUUGGACUACUUAGAGAAUUUUUCCCAAAGUUAUUGAUUGGCUACUCUCCUAACAAAGCCACUUGCAUCACUCUACUCCUACUACAUGUAAUCAGUAUUAAAGCACCUGGUGUUUAUCUUAGAUUUGCAGCAGAAUAUUUAAGGUCCUCUUAUUCCUUUGAAAAAUGUAUCGUGAGAACAACUCUCUUAUGUCUUUGACAGUGAAUUUAGUUAUCAUCCACUGCAUACUGUAAGCACAAAGGAUAAAAAAUAUGUUGUAUAACUUUUAUACAGUGAGGUGGCUUUUAUUUAUUUAAGAUACAUUUAAAGUACUUUUACGAGAUCAAAAGUUGAGAAUGGCAUUUUUUCCAACCCGAUUGGAUAAUUAGAUUUAUUGAAGUGUUACACCUGUGUGUUUGGUGUACCUCACACCAUUUGUUGCAAUAAAAUAUUGAUAUAAAUGUA